AAUAAACCAUGUGUGUCUUAUGUAACUGCUGGUUCACUAAUUUUUUGUCUACCGCCUUUUGUGUAGAAAAAAUCAAAGAUCUCUGCAUCUCGCAGACUGGCUCUCAAGGUAUUGUCCUUUGUUCUUUACCGAAACAUAAUCUAUGUGACCAUCUGACCAGUAAUAGUUUAGUGCUAAAUUAACAAAAUGGUUCAAUAAAAUAGAUUUUUCUACCUAAUUUAGACCAAACUGCUGAAAAUGGCAUCUAUGAUGCUGGAGAAGGAGAAGGGGGAAAAGAGGCUGGAAAGAGAAAGUACUUUAAGUGAGAGAGUCCCUCCACUCCAGCUCUCUGGUUUGUCCAUGCAGGACCUUCAGGCUCUGUGCAAAGAACUGCACCAUAAGAUUGAUGUGGUAGAUGAAGAGCGCUACGACAUUGAAGCCAAGGUGGCCAAAAAUAACAGAGAGAUUGAGAAUCUGUCUCAGAAGAUCUUUGAGCUGAAGGGUAAAAUGAAGCGACCUGCUCUCAAGAGGGUGAAGAUCUCAGCUGACGCCAUGCUGGGGGCUCUGCUGGGCUCUAGGGUCAAAGAGUCCGUGGACUUCAAGGCCAACCUCAAGACUGUAAAGAAGGAGGAGGAGAAGAAAGAGGAGGUGACUGACUGGCGUAAGAACGUGGAGGCCAUGUCUGGUAUGGAGGGCAGGAAGAAGCUGUUUGAUGCCGGGCAGUAGAUUUGUAUUUAUGGACAUUUUAAAUACGAAUCCUGUUUUACACUGGAUGAGAAUAGAGAUGAAAAUAGUGUUGAUGUGUUGUGUGUAAUGAUGCACACAAUUAGCAAGCCCACAGUGUAUAUUUGAGUGUGAGUGUGUGUACAGACUUCACAUUUGCAAUAUGCAAAAUUAAGAUUCAAAGGAAGGGAACUGUGUAUAUUUUGCAUAUAUAGACAAAUUGCACUUUGUCCUGUUUUAUGGUGUUGGCAGCAAAUUUAAAAUUUUUAAUUACCUACACUUUUAUGAGACAAAAGAACAUAUUAAAAUUUGCUGUGUUUCCGGAUCUGGAAAUGCCUGGAAUGGACUGGUUUAUGCGAUGAUAAUAAACACUUCUG